GGCAGCGCAUGGGGCAGCGCCUGAGCGGCGGCGGAUCCUGCCUCGAUGUUCCCGGCAGGCUCCUGCCUCAGCCGCCGCCUCCGCCACCGGUGAGGAGGAAGCUCGCGUUGCUCUUCGCCAUGCUUUGCAUCUGGCUCUACAUGUUCUUGUACUCGUGCGCCGGUUCGUGCGCUGCCGCACCGGGGCUGCUGCUGCUGGGCUCUGGGUCGCGCGCCGCCCACGCCUCGCCGGCCCUGGCCACCGGUCCCGAUGGGGCUUCUCCCAGGCUGCCGUUCCAGGCGGCGCCAGCCACCCCGUUUGCUGCGGUCAAGGACACGGCCGACGGCGCCGGGAGUCAGGAGGAACAGAGUCCCGAGGCGCCGGACUCUUCCAGCCCCAUCUCCAGCUUUUUUAGUGGGUCCGGGAGCAAGCAGCUGCCGCAGGCCAUCAUCAUCGGCGUGAAGAAGGGUGGCACGCGGGCGCUGCUUGAGUUCCUGCGCGUGCACCCCGACGUGCGCGCCGUGGGCGCCGAGCCCCACUUCUUCGACCGCAGCUACGACAAGGGCCUCGCCUGGUACCGGGACCUGAUGCCGAGAACCCUGGAGGGGCAGAUCACCAUGGAGAAGACGCCCAGUUACUUUGUCACCCGGGAAGCGCCCGCGCGCAUCUCGGCCAUGUCCAAGGACACCAAGCUCAUCGUGGUGGUGCGGGACCCGGUGACCAGAGCCAUCUCGGACUACACGCAGACGCUCUCCAAGAGGCCCGACAUCCCCACCUUCGAGAGCUUGACGUUCAAAAACAGAACCACGGGCCUCAUCGACACGUCGUGGAGCGCCAUCCAGAUCGGCAUCUACGCCAAGCACCUGGAGCACUGGCUGCGCCACUUCCCCAUCGGCCAGAUGCUCUUCGUGAGCGGGGAGCGGCUCAUCAGCGACCCGGCGGGCGAGCUGGGCCGCGUGCAGGACUUCCUGGGCCUCAAGAGGAUCAUCACCGACAAGCACUUCUACUUCAACAAGACCAAGGGCUUCCCCUGCCUGAAGAAGGCCGAGGGCAGCAGCAAACCCCAUUGCCUGGGCAAGACCAAGGGCAGGACCCACCCGGAGAUCGACCGCGAGGUGGUGCAGCGACUGCGGGAGUUCUACCGGCCUUUCAACCUCAAGUUCUACCAGAUGACGGGGCACGACUUUGGCUGGGAUUGAAGGCACCCGGACCGUGUAAUUUACCACUUGGCUUAUAUAUUGAGAGAGAUUAUAUGUAUGUAAAAUGUACAGAAAUCUAUUUUAUAAUAAUUUAUUUUUAAUUCAUAAGCAAUUAAUUCACUAAGCUGCCUAGUCACGCUCCUUAGAGAGUUAGCUUCAUAAUCUGUUAACAUUCCAAAGUGUUGAACUCUAAUAUUUUGUUCUUUUCCUCACAAUUGAUGGUGCUUCCAUUCCCCCUCCCCCUACCCAUUAUAUUUAAAAAGAAGAAAAGCACAACUUGAGAUUUUUUUGUUGUUACGGGUACGCAGCCUUCGAUCGCUGUCUGAAUCCACUUGCCCUCUCCUCGUGUCGUGGGUCUCCUAUUCCAGAUCCCAUUUCUCUUCUUGCCUGUGUACCUCGCAGGGGCACUAAGCUGUCUCAGCAGCGCUGCACUCUGAAGGUGAGACCUCAUGUAGCAGCUUCCUCGGCCAUGUGAUGCCAUUUCCAAGGAUGUAGAUGCCUGACCACCCUGCUUAGGUUGUCCCCCAAGUCUGCCGGACACAGCGGGGACUCACAGCCUCGGCAGGGGAGGCCACAUCCUUUUAGAGCCUGCGUGCCAGGGUCCAUUCACUUCAGAUUUUGAGUUUGAAGGAUGGCCCUGCCUCCUCUUCUGCCCCGUCCCUGGUUCAUUAACCAGCUUGAAGUGUAUGCAAAUGUCAGCCCCAUCUUUCCCAGGUCACGUGUGUGAGAUGCUUGGGUGCUGCUUUAGAAAUAAAGACGGUCUCUUCUAAUUUUCAUGAGAGCACAUCAUGCUCCGUUCUCCAGGCAGACAGUUCUGCUUUGACACACCAAAGAAUUCCCUAGGAUAGCAGAGCCACAGGCACAAACCAAGGGUGCCGGGUGUCGAGACCCAAUGGGGUCAGGUGCAUCCAACGCCAUCAGUGUCUACCAAGGUGCUGCAAAGGUGCAGAGCCAGCCAUGUGGGGCACAUCCCAGUAGGCUGGCAGCCUCAAUGGAAGAAAAGAGAAAGACACCCCCAAAGGGCAGGUGGCCUCGCAGAGGAAGGGAACCCUUGGCCCCCUGCUUGAUGUCUGGAACUUUUCUCCUUGGAAUUCCUAGCUCCUCUCAGAUUGACCACAUGGUCUGCUGUAGUCAAGAGCCAAUCAGCAAGAACCAGGAGUGGUCCUUGGAAUGCAGUCUGGGAAUGCUGGCCCCAUGUUGCCUGUGGGCAUUUGAACCUGCACUUGUGAAGCUGACCCUUGUUUUAGCUAGGUCUUGGCAGAAGGGCUGCUAGCAUCAUUGUUGCUGAUGCAGAAUGCUCUCCCCAUACCUCUCUGUUGAGAGAGCAGUUGGGGUAUUUUAUGAUGACUAGCUAGCAGCAGUUGGGUAACCACACAGCAAUAUCACAUAAUGACAUAUUCACUUUAUCCUCAAUUUUCUAAACCAGAAUGCUUCUACCAUAAAAGAUUUGUUAUACAUUCAUCAAGGAAUAUGUGGGAAGAUAUACAUAUUGUCAAAAUGGUUGGGUUGGGAUAUUUACAAAGGACACUUUUAUAUGUUGUAAGGGAGAACUUGACUGAUAGAGUAAGAAAACUUACGUGAAAACAUAAUUCAUCUUUAGAAACUGACCAGAGAUGUCACUGGUCUUCAAGUGAUGUCUUGUGGAUAAUCUGGUUUGUAUUUGCCCACAAAUUUUAGCCCAAAUAUAGCUAGGUUAUGCUGAGCAGCAAAACUAUUAUAUGUAGGUUCUGUGUAGGAGGAUGGGGGUGAGGGGCUCUGCAUUCCUGAGAUGUUCUAUUCAUUUACCAGGUUUGUUACUGCCUCUACGCAGUAGUCUAGAGCCUGCAUUUAGGGGAACGCCAUAAUCAUAGCAUGGCUCUCCCCUCUUGCUGCUUGGGUAUCAAAAACAUCUGCAUAAGGGUGCUAAUUGGUCGUGCAUUUUUCCAAUCAGAAGGCUUAUUUGAAAAAAAACUGAGAACAUCUCUUUUCAGUUACAGCAUCACAUUGCUUAAAGUAAAAGUCAGUCUCCAUGUCUUGCACUUAAUUCUGCCUUGUCCGCUUUCUGGCCACUCAUGCUGUGACCCUGUCAUGAUGUAGAAUUGCAGGAAAGUUCAGAGAAGGGUUUGCAACAAAGUGGGUGGAAGAUAUCCCUGAGCUUUUCCUUCUCCUUCAAGUCCCUGCCCUCUUUCCAAGCUGGACAAUUUUUGAUUAAAUUGUUUAUUCCCUGCCUUAAAAUUUUUCAGAUAGAAAGAGGGUCAUUUAGUCAUAAACACUGAAGUGGGUCAAGAUUCUAUUCUGGGUCAAAUCCUUGAAUCCAAACAGAUGUUGAUAAUUAGCACUGAAGGACUAGAGCAAGUUUUUCUAUGUAAAACAAAUAAAUCAAACUUCCUGUGCAUCUCUUCAUAGGGGUCUGAUAGCUUAUAGUUCCUGACUGAUCCGGACACAGCAUCAGUCCCAAGAUUCCGCCCCAUCAUGUGAUAGUUUUUACAGCGCCUGAGCCCGCAUGUCUUCCUCCUGGUGAAGUUAGGCAACACAUCAGAUUAAGCCUUGGGUUUCUUCCUGUUCUAGCAAUUUGCAAGGCCACCAGCUUAACUUUUAGCUGCUAGAAGACAGACACCAUUUCAUGUUUUGGCAAUUUGUCCUAGCACAUGUUUUUCGUUUCUUCCAGUUUACAGGAAAAGCUUGAUAGUCAUUGGAAUACUUUAUUUCUCUUAGUUUUGUUUCUUUUCUCAUUAAAGAACAAAAAUAUUAACAAAAAAAAUUGGAGGUUUUUAUUGUUCCUAUCUACUCUAUGCUUUCUUUGAGGCAUUUGUACAGUAGUCUGUUAACUUGGUAGGUGGUACCUGGAAAGGUAUUUAGGUAUAGUGACUGUGUAAUAAAUACUUAAUUGGAUGAUGGAGGAGCAGAAAUUGUCUUCUUAUGAGAUUCUCUUUGGAAGUCAUGUUGAGUGACAGAUACAUUGUAGACCUUUGGAGAAACAGUUUCAGAUCUGGCCAGGAUAUUUUCAUAAGAAGGGAAAAUGGAAGGUUGCAUUUUAGUAUGUAUCUAAAAUGCUGACACAGAAGUCAAUGUUGUUUUUCUUUUCAGUUUAUCAAAAAGGAAGGUCAAUAAAACUUAAAGGUGUGGUUAGAUUUUUUUUCACUUUUGUAACAUUAAUUUAUGACUGAGUUUCAUUCAGACCCGUAAUCUGAAAUACUGUGCAAAUUCUAGCAGUGUGUCUUCUAUAACCUGGAUGUUAGAAUAGCCAAUAUGUACAAAAAUAAAAAAAAAAAGUAAAUCGAGUAUUUUGUCCUAUGUAUAACACAAAUUAAUUUUACACAGAGAAAGAUGUUUCUAGAAAAAUGAAAUUCUGGUAAUUCAUACUAUUUCUUUGUAUGAACAAAUAAAAUAUAUUUUACCAACUUG